CGUGACCCAAGUAAUUGGUACAGCUAGUCGCGCACCGACUGCUCGCCUCCUCUGACCUGCAGCCUCUGGACCUCGCUGCCGCGCCGACCCCCACUGGCCCGACUUGCUGCUGGUUGCCCUGAGGAGCCCACUGUCCCUCGCUCAAGGAGACCGCCUCCCUGCUCUUUGCCUCAUAAUGAGUCAGCUGAGGCUGCUGCCAUCCCGGCUUGGGGCACAGGCCUCGAGGCUCCUGGCCACGCAUGGCGUCCACAGGUUCAGCUGGUACAGCAGGUCGUCUGGGCCACCGGCCACCUUCCCAAGCAGCAAAGUUGGAGGCGGCUCCAGUUACAUGGAGGAGAUGUACUUCGCCUGGUUGGAAAACCCCCAGAGUGUCCACAAGUCCUGGGACAGCUUCUUCCGGAAAGCCAGUGAGGAAGCCUCUUAUGGCCCGGCUCAGCCCCGGCCCCUUUCUGUUGUCCCUGAGAGCAGGCCGGCAGUGUUGAGCCGGACCAAGACCAGUAAGCUGGUGGAGGACCACCUGGCUGUGCAGUCCCUGAUCCGGGCCUACCAGAUCCGUGGCCACCAUGUGGCCCAACUGGACCCCCUGGGCAUUCUGGAUGCAGACCUGGACUCCUUUGUGCCCUCAGACUUAAUCACCACCAUUGAUAAAUUGGCCUUCUACGACCUGCGGGAGGCUGACCUGGAUAAGGAGUUCCAGCUGCCCACAACUACCUUUAUUGGAGGCUCUGAAAACACCCUUUCUCUGCGGGAGAUCAUUCGGCGCCUGGAGUGCUCCCCUUUCCCCCAGAACACAUACUGCCAGCACAUCGGUCUGGAGUUCAUGUUCAUCAAUGACGUGGAGCAGUGUCAGUGGAUCCGGCAGAAGUUCGAGACGCCUGGCGUGAUGCAGUUCUCCAGCGAGGAGAAGCGGACCCUGCUGGCCCGGCUGGUGCGCUCUAUGAGGUUUGAAGACUUCCUGGCCCGGAAGUGGUCCUCGGAGAAGCGGUUUGGCCUGGAGGGCUGUGAGGUCAUGAUUCCUGCCCUCAAGACCAUCAUCGACAAAUCCAGUGAGAUGGGGAUCGAGAAUGUCAUCCUGGGGAUGCCACACAGGGGCAGGCUGAAUGUGCUGGCCAACGUCAUCCGCAAGGACCUGGAGCAGAUCUUCUGCCAGUUUGACCCCAAGCUGGAGGCGGCGGAUGAGGGCUCUGGAGAUGUCAAAUAUCACCUCGGCAUGUACCACGAGAGGAUCAACCGAGUCACAAACAGGAACAUCACUCUGUCGCUCGUGGCCAACCCCUCCCACCUGGAAGCUGUGGACCCCGUGGUGCAGGGGAAGACGAAGGCAGAGCAGUUCUACCGCGGGGAUGCUCAGGGCAAGAAGGUCAUGUCCAUCCUGGUCCAUGGGGACGCCGCCUUUGCUGGCCAGGGUGUGGUCUAUGAGACCUUCCACCUGAGUGACCUGCCCUCUUACACCACCAACGGUACCGUGCACGUCGUCGUCAACAACCAGAUUGGCUUCACCACGGACCCCAGGAUGGCCCGCUCCUCACCAUACCCCACCGACGUGGCCCGUGUGGUCAACGCGCCCAUCUUCCAUGUGAAUGCAGACGACCCAGAGGCCGUGAUAUAUGUGUGCAGUGUGGCGGCCGAGUGGAGGAACACCUUCAAUAAAGACGUCGUGGUGGACCUGGUCUGUUACCGCCGGCGUGGCCACAACGAGAUGGACGAGCCCAUGUUCACGCAGCCGCUCAUGUACAAGCAGAUCCACAGGCAGGUGCCUGUGCUGAAGAAGUAUGCAGACAAGCUCAUUGCCGAGGGCGCAGUGACCCUGCAGGAAUUCGAGGAAGAAAUCGCCAAAUAUGACCGGAUCUGUGAGGAGGCGUUUGGCAGGUCCAAGGAUAAAAAGAUCCUGCAUAUAAAGCACUGGCUGGACUCCCCCUGGCCUGGCUUCUUCACUGUGGACGGGGAGCCCAAGAGCAUGACAUGCCCAGCCACAGGUAUUCCAGAGGACAUGCUGACCCACAUUGGUGAAGUGGCCAGCUCUGUGCCCCUGGAGGACUUUAAGAUCCACACGGGCCUCUCUCGCAUCCUGCGGGGCCGUGCGGACAUGACCAGGAAGAGGACAGUGGACUGGGCGCUGGCAGAGUACAUGGCCUUUGGCUCCCUGCUCAAGGAAGGCAUCCAUGUGCGGCUCAGUGGGCAGGACGUGGAGAGGGGCACAUUCAGUCACCGGCACCACGUUCUCCAUGACCAGGAAGUUGACCGGAGGACGUGCGUCCCCAUGAACCACCUCUGGCCUGACCAGGCCCCCUACACUGUGUGCAACAGCUCCCUCUCGGAGUACGGAGUUCUGGGCUUCGAGCUGGGCUACGCCAUGGCCAGCCCCAACGCCCUGGUCCUCUGGGAGGCGCAGUUUGGUGACUUCCACAACACGGCCCAGUGCAUCAUCGACCAGUUCAUCAGCACGGGCCAGGCCAAGUGGGUUCGGCACAAUGGCGUCGUGCUGCUGCUGCCCCACGGCAUGGAGGGCAUGGGCCCGGAGCACUCCUCAGCCAGGCCCGAGAGGUUCCUGCAGAUGAGCAAUGACGACUCGGACGCCUACCCCGCGUUCACCCAGGACUUCGAGGUGAGGCAGCUCUACGACUGCAACUGGAUAGUGGUCAACUGCUCCACGCCGGCCAGCUACUUCCACGUGCUGCGCCGCCAGAUCCUGCUGCCCUUCCGCAAGCCGCUGAUCAUCUUCACACCCAAAUCUCUGCUGAGGCACCCAGAGGCCAAGUCCAGCUUUGACCAAAUGGUAUCUGGGACCAGCUUCCAGAGGGUGAUUCCUGAGGACGGGGCUGCGGCACAGGCUCCCGGGCAGGUGCGGCGGCUCAUCUUCUGCACGGGAAAGGUGUACUAUGACCUGGUGAAGGAGCGGAGCAGCCAGGGCCUGGACCAGCACGUGGCCAUCACACGCCUGGAGCAGAUCUCUCCAUUCCCCUUUGACCUGAUCAAGCGAGAGGCAGAGAAGUACCCAGGCGCAGAGCUGGUGUGGUGCCAGGAGGAGCACAAGAACAUGGGCUACUACGACUACAUCAGCCCGCGCUUCAUGACCAUCCUGGGCCGAGCGCGGCCCAUAUGGUAUGUUGGCCGAGACCCAGCAGCUGCACCAGCCACAGGAAACAGGAACACUCACCUGGUGUCUCUGAAGAAGUUUCUGGAUACUGCCUUCAAUCUCCAGGCCUUUGAGGGCAAGACAUUUUAGAGCCUGCCUGGGUCUUGCUGUGGGGUUGUUGAGGACACCAGGGACAUUAGGGGCUGGCUGGCUCUUCUGCCCAGGAGAGGGACUGUCAGGGGCCCCAAGAUAAAACAUACCCAUGCAGUGAUUGAGGCCAAAGAGUAGGUACCGCUGGCUUCGGUAUUAUGCCACCUUGGGCCUUUGUGUUUAUUUCAGAAUCUCUUAGGGCUGAGAAAGCCAGAGGGGUCUGAUAGACGGGCUGUAGUUGUAGAGUGUUUCCCCAGCCUCCCGGGUCUCGCUGGAGUGUUUGUGUGGCUUCUCCGUCUGUGUUGUUCAUGCCUCUGCAGACAGCCAGCCACCCAGGAGCCCGUGUCUCUGGUCUCUUUCUCCCAGCCUGGUAGAUUUGACGGCCGCUCACCUUGUUCUUGUUCGUCUGUGGAUUCAAGAACUGUUCUCUUUUGUGCUCUUAGAAAUAGAGAUUUUAGCAAUAACAACCAGGUGAAGCAAAACCAUGCCAAGUGAUUUAUACGUGCUCUGUUUUAUGGGGUGUGUCAUAAUAAAAUAUGUCAGCUUCUGUGUGAAAUACAGCCAAGGCUCACAUGUACCAAAGUAGAAAACCAAAUAACAGAGAAAUUAGAAAAUGCUUAAGGGAGACUUCCUGUUGUCACUUCAUGUUGUAAAGUUGGGGGAAGAGACAGAUGGUUUAGAGAUGGUAAGGGAUGGGGAGAAAGAAAAACGAAACAUGUAGGGGAUAAAUAUCUGCCUCCUGUGGCCAGAUUUUCCUUUGAGCACCAGGCGAUGUUUGCAGAUCUGUCGGCAUUGCCAGUCUUUAGCCUUUCGUUGGUUUUGCUUCCCUGCAAAGAUGCUGGGGAAGCAGCAGCACAGGAGGGAUGUUUUGCUUUCUGCAAAUCAUUUAUUCCCUGCUCCCCUUCUCAGAGCACUUCCUCUGUGCUAGACGCUGGGACCCAGGGUGAAAGAAACGUGUGUCUUGGAGCCCAGCACGGGAGAUGGGUAAACGGUUUACAGUUGGCCCUCCAUAUCCCUCCUGUGGGGGGUUCCACAUCCACAGAUGCAAAAAUACUUGGGGAAAAAAAUUCCAGAAAGUUCCAAAAAGCAAACUAUGUUACAUGGCAUUUACAUUGUAUUUACAACUAUUUUCCUGGCAUUUAUACUGUAUUCGGUAUUGUAAGUAAUCUAGAGAUGAGUUAAAAGUACAUGGGAGGAUGUGUGUAGGUUGCAUGCAAAUGCUAUACCAUUUUAUACGAGAGACUUGAGCAUCCGUGGAGUUUGGUAUCUUCAGGGAGGUCCUGGAACCAAUCCCCCAUGGAUACCGAGGGACUGCUGUCAUUCACUGAAUUGUGGGUUAUGUUGGAGGUAAGUGCAGAGGGCUGUGGAAGUCAGGGAAGUCUCCCUAGAGAUGAUGGUGUUUGAAGAAAGAGUUCUAUAGGACAACUGGGAGAGAUGAGCCUCUUAUAGAGCAGACCUGGAAAUACUGAUCAUGGGGUUAGGGUGGGGCACCCUAAAGAAAAACAUCAACCUGAAGUUGGAGGAUAGGGUGUUAAAAUUCCAUCUGCUCAAGUACAGCUUAUUGGGGUACACGCUGAAUCACACUGCAGGAGUGUUCUAAGUGACAUAAAGUAAAAGUAAUUAUAGCUGCCACUUAUAGGAUGUGUGUCCUGGGCCCUCUGCUGGGUGUUUUGCAUAUAUUACUAAAUAUUCUUUAACCUUCACCAUGGCUUUGCGUGCUGGGAAUAAGCCCAUUUUAUAGAUGAGGAAAUCAGAGUUCACAUGAAUUUGCAAAUAAUUUCAUGUGAACCUUGAAGUUGAGGGUCACUCGCCAAGUCGACUUGGCCUCUGUGAGGCUACACUGCUUCCCUUGGGAAAUAACCUCUUCCCAUAGCAUGUAUUCUUGGCCCUGUGGAAAUCUAGCGGUCUGGGGUCUCUCCCUGCAGUUGGGCUGUGGCAGUGAGCGGGGAUGCAUCGCAUGAGGUGCCUGGGCUCGUAAGGAGCCCUCAUGCUCUGGAGUUGGAUGGUUGGUGCGUCCUGCCCUACUACACACUGCACCUUCCUCACGCUCUGUGUAGGGAGGCUGCAGACAGGCUGGUGGGGACCAAUUGCUGGGGUCGCCAAACUGAAGAAAACCAAACACAUGAAACGAGGGCUCCAAACUCUACAAAGAUAAUAACUAACACUGGGAAGUAAAAUGGAGCUCAUGGAACAAAGGCUUUAUAUGAACUGUUAUAACUUCAGAGGGCAAGGAAGAUCUUGCUUCUACGAAACAGUAACAGACUAUUAAAAAAAAAAAUCAGAUGUUUAGAAAAUACCAAAUAUUGCCAAAACAAAGACCUCAAUAGAUGGGCUGAAUGAGUUCUUUCAUUGUAAGCCACAGAAAUGACCCCUGGAAUUUGUACGUAGGAAGCCUGGGAGACAGCUCAUGGGGUGGAGGGAUGUGACCCGAAUAGAUCUGGGGAUCUAGACAAUAGAAACUAAUGGAAAGCCUGGUCCAUGCUGUUCGGAAGAUGAAUUCUUAGAUUUCUAAUCAUGUUCAGUCAUUUUGUUACUAUCCUUAAGAGUUAAAUUCUAGGAAAGAAUGUCUGAUUGGCAUUUCUUGGGCCAUCCAUAUCUUUCUUGGAGUAUUUUGAUUGACAGCCUAUCCAAGACUGUGUGCAAUGAAUGGAAGAGGAACUUGAAAAUAAACUUGGGGUGUGGAUUCCAGGAGGUGAGAAUAUGGAUGUUGGGCAGAACAAACUAUAGAUGCCCACUCUACUUACUCUGCCACAAAGUAGGUGUGAGAACAAUAACAGCUGAUAUUUAUCAAGUACUUACUAUGUGCCAGUCGCUGUUCUUGGUCUCUUCCACCUAAUUACACCUCUGAACUCUCACUGCGCCACAUGAGACAUGUAUUACUUUCGUGCUACCCGUUAAGAUGUUGAGGCUCAGAGAGGCUGAGUAAUUUUCCUAAGGUCGCAUAGUUGGGAUUCACAUUCAGUUGGUUGGGGUCUAGUGUCCUUAUCCUGAGCCACUGAGCCGCAGUUACCUCUGGACUCAGGUGCUUCUUCAUAAGGUUGAUUGAGAAUUAAGUGAGGCGGUAUGGACAGAGCACCAGACACAGUGGUCAGUCCAUGAUGGUUGUUCAGUGUCUAACCACGUUGGUCAGUGUGGGUCCAGUUGGGGCUCGUUGGGUUUUCUCCAUAUGUGGGGAGUGAGAGGAGGCAAUGGGAGCUGUUUUUCCUUUGAAUAACGAAGGAAACUUUCAUAAUAAGAGGGAAUUCUCAAAAAUUGGAGGCCAGAGUUGAAUUGUGUUACAAAUUAUGUCUCCCAUUCUGUUUGUCACCUCUCUUUCCAGCUGAAGUGCAAAGUGAAAAUCACUCUGCAGUCAUUUCCUUCUCAGAACUGCUGGACCCAAAAGAAAGGUCAAAGAAAACAGACGCUGCUGUUUUACUGCAGAGGAUCUUAAAAACCAAACUUCA